AUGCUGCACACCAGCACCGCUAUAUGGGAAGAGAACGGAUCUGUCGGAUCUGGCUUUAGGAUAGUGGGAGAAUCGGCAUCCACGCUUUCGCCUUCACCGGGCUCGAGCUCGGCUCCUAGUCCAACUGCAAAUGACGCGUCAUCGAGCGAGAGGUCUGGAACCAACAAGGUCGCCCAGCCACGUCAGAAAUCAAUCUACCCUGGCUCUAAAGCAUACAAAAAUGCAAAAGGACCCAAGCACGCGUUGUAUACGCAUACAACACGCGCCGUGGUGAAUGUCAGACGCAGCUUCGAAUCAACGAGUGUCGUGGACCUCGGCUCUCGUCGCUCAUCUCGACAGGGCAAUGAGGGCGGCAGCGAAACAGGUGCGACAUCAGAUCUACUUCGUCUCCGAGAGCUCAGCAAAAGUGAACUCAUGGACCUCAUCAGAUCGGAAGCACAGAAGGACCAUCUUGGCACGACGAUUGCAGCAUGCAACCAGCUGAAAUCUAUCAUCGUUAGCGAUGAACAGUCCGGGCUGCCUCGUUUUCUCAUCGAUCGGAGCGUCUACAAAUCGAUUUUAGAGAUGUUCGGACUUCGUGGAAUGGGCGAUGAAGCUUACACAGUUAUUGAGGACAUGAAGCAAGCAGGCAUCCAGCCUGAUGUCCAGGAUCUCGACCAUGCUCUGGCAGCUGGGGCUAAAGAGGGGAACGAGGCCGUUGUGCUGAGCAUUUUACGCGAGAUCGGUCGUCUGUCUCAGCCUGAAACAGCCAAUGAUGAUGGAGACUAUGAAGAGGCCACAUUCGAAGGUCUCAUUGAUAUCCGUCUUGCGGAGCAGUGGACGCCAGCAACUUUUACUACGCUCUUCCGCUUCUGCACGCACAGCCGGAAUUUGGAGCUGGCGCUUUCGCUCUUUGCGGUUGCGUCGCAGCUGUCAGCACAGUCACUCACCGGAGAAAAAAUUGGACAUUGGAUCAGGCCGGAAGCACGUGGACAUCUCAUCAACUUGGCUGUAGAGGUCAGGGAGCUGGGGAUCGCGCUGGACGUUGCACGCAUGCUCGAAGAUGGUCACAUUGUGCAGCCUUUGAUUCCGAGCACGUGGAUGACUAUCCUUCGAGGAAGUGCAUCCGAAUUCUUUGCGGAGGGUGUGGUCGCAGCGUGGAAGCGCGCGGUCGAGCAAGGUGGAGUCAUUCCGGAUGAGGGUUUGCUCUUGCAAGUACUUGCGACAUGCGCCCGUGCCGGCGAGGUGACGCUCGCACUGAAGGCCUACAAAAAGCUCGAGAAAGUGCUGCACUCACAGCUCAAGCCAAUGCAGGAAUGGCAUCUCUCACCCGUGCUCGAGGCAUACUGCCAUGCAGGCGAAUAUGCGCUCGCCAUGCGUUUCAUUGGCAACAUGCGCCGCAAGGGAAUCGCGCUCAGCUGGCAUCACUCUCUUACGCUUGGAGCAUCUAUCGCAAACAGUGGCGAUCCAGAUGCUGCUCAGCAGGUGAUUGCUGCAGCGAACAGGAUCGGCAAUGACCAGGGCGCAACGGGAGGCUUGGAUGUGAUUGCAUUCAAUGGCGUCUUGCACGCUGCAGCGCUAUCCAACGACCCGAGCAAGGCCCUCACAUUCUUCCACAAUGCUCCGCAGCUGCGCGGCGUCCGUGAAGCAGUGCCACUGGCGACAUCAACCCCCAGGAUGGACUCGCCGUUCUCCCGCAGCUCUUUUCCCUUGGAGCCGAACGAAGAGAGCUACAAUAUGGUCCUCUCCGCGCACAUCCAGCUCGGUGACCCUCGUGGUGGCCGAGCGUUCCUGCGCGAGAUGCUGCGCAAGGGUCUAGCCCCAAACGCGACGACGUACGAAAAAGCCAUCCUCCUCGAGCUCAUCCACACUGAAGGUCUGGGUGCUGCGUUCGACUACCUCGAAGAAGCCAAGAGCAAGGAGCUCGUGCCAACGAUGGGCUCGUACGAGGCGCUCAUCUGGAAGUGCUACGAACUGCAAGACCCGCGCUGGAAGAUGCUGCUGGUCGACAUGUCCCAGGUUGGCCUCGGAAGGCCUGCCAAAAAGGUGCAGAGGUUCAUCAAGGUCGACACGGAGGAGAAGUGGAAGCGGCUUCUGGAACAGGGUGGCGGCGGCGGUACGAGCUCUUCACUCUGA